CAGAACAGAAGAGAAGAAUGAAGAUGGUUAAUUAUGGGAUUGGACCAGCUGAUCAAGUGUCCUAGUUUGUUCACACAAAACCUUUGCUACCCAGGCAAGCUGCUUAUUUCUGUGGUGAGGCAGCUCCUGAGCAGGAAGAAUAAGGUGCCUGUGCCCAGAGAAGUCUCCAUCCCAAUGAACCUCCGUUCUGAUGCAGCCAAUGGUCAUGCAGGGAUGCUCCUACACCCUCCCACGAUGUCAUGAGCGGCAUACAGCAGACCAGUCACAUCACAGCAGCACCACCCACUCACAGUCUCAGGUUAAAGCAGCGGAAGAUGGUGAAGGAGCGCCCUGUGUAACCCAGCAGGCUCCCGACAGUGCCCUCAGGCCCCAGACACCUCUGGAGAUGAAUCUUUGCUGGAAUGAAAUAAAAAAGAAAUCGCAGAGCCUUCGGGCUCGUCUGGAGGCCUUUUCAGACCACAGCGGGAAGCUGCAGCUCCCACUCCAGGAGAUCAUAGACUGGCUGGGUCAGAAGGAUGAAGAGCUGUCCGCACAGCUGCCACUCCGGGGAGACGUGCUCUUGGUGCAGCAGGAAAAAGAGACGCAUGCGGCUUUCAUGGAAGAGGUGAAGUCUCGGGGCCCAUAUAUUUAUUCUGUCCUGGAGUCGGCGCAGGCCUUCCUUUCCCAGCACCCAUUCGAGGAAUUAGAGGAACCAAAUUCUGAAAGUAAAGAUGUCUCUCCAAGGCACCGGAUCCAGAAUAUCAGCCGUUUUGUCUGGAAGCAGGCGAAUGUGGCCAGUGAGCUGUGGGAGAAGCUCACUGCUCGCUGUGUUGACCAACACCGUCACAUCGAACGGACGCUGGAGCAGCUGCUGGAGGUCAAGGGAGCCAUGGAGGAGCUCAGCACAACUCUGGACCAGGCCGAGAGUGUGCGAGAAACCUGGGAGCCCAUUGGAGACCUCUUCAUCGACUCCUUACCAGAGCACAUCCAGGCAACCAAGCUGUUUAAAGAGGAACUCUCCCCCAUGAAGGACGGGGUGAAGCUAGUUAAUGACCUCGCACACCAGCUUGCUAUCUCAGAUGUGCAUCUGUCUAUGGAGAACUCCCGGGCUCUGGAGCAGAUCAACACCCGAUGGAAACAGCUGCAGGCCUCGGUUAACGAACGCCUGAAGCAGCUCCAGGAUGCCCAUCGGGACUUUGGCCCAGGUUCCCAGCACUUCCUCUCCACCUCUGUCCAGGUUCCCUGGGAACGAGCAAUUUCACCCAAUAAAGUGCCAUACUACAUCAACCACCAGGCUCAGACAACAUGCUGGGACCACCCCAAGAUGACAGAGUUAUACCAAACCCUAGCUGAUUUGAACAACAUCAAAUUCUCUGCGUAUCGGACGGCCAUGAAGCUGCGCCGUGUCCAGAAAGCUCUGCGGUUGGACCUGGUGACUCUGGCCACAGCCUUGGAAAUCUUUAAUGAGCAUGAGCUACAGCCCAGCGAUCGCGUGAUGGACGUGGUGGAGGUCAUCCACUGCCUGACUGCCCUCUAUGAGCGGCUGGAGGAAGAGAGGGGCAUUCUAGUCAACGUGCCGCUCUGCGUGGACAUGAGUCUCAACUGGCUGCUCAACGUUUUCGAUAGCAGUCGCAGUGGGAAGAUGCGUGUGCUGUCCUUCAAGACUGGCAUUGCAUGUCUGUGUGGCACAGAGGUGAAGGAGAAAUUCCAGUAUCUCUUUGGCCAGGUGGCGAAUCCCGGCGGUCUAUGCGACCAGCGGCACCUCAGCAUCCUGCUGCAUGAGGCCAUUCAGGUUCCGCGCCAGUUGGGAGAGGUGGCAGCAUUUGGGGGUAGCAAUGUGGAGCCCAGUGUCCGCAGCUGCUUCCGCUUUAGUAAUGGGAAGCCUGUGAUCGAGGUCAUCCAGUUCCUGGAAUGGGCCAACCUGGAGCCGCAGUCCAUGGUGUGGCUGGCUGUCCUGCACAGAGUGACCAUUGCUGAGCAGGUGAAGCACCAAACCAAGUGCUCUGUCUGCAAACUGUGUCCCAUCAAAGGCUUCAGGUACCGCAGCCUGAAGCAGUUCAAUGUGGAUAUCUGUCAGACCUGCUUCCUGACAGGACGAGCCAGCAAAGGGAACAAGCUCCACUAUCCUAUCAUGGAGUACUAUACCCCGACCACCUCUAGUGAGAACAUGAGGGACUUUGCUACGACCCUAAAAAACAAGUUCCGGUCCAAACAGUACUUCAGCAAGCAUCCACAGAGGGGCUACCUGCCCGUCCAGUCUGUGCUGGAAGCUGACUUCACUGAGACACCGGCCUCCUCCCCGAUGUUACCGCAUGCCGAUACCCACUCCCGGAUCGAACACUUCGCCAGCAGGCUCGCAGAGAUGGAAAGCCAGAACUGUUCCUUGUUCAAUGACAGCUUGUCCCCAGACGAUAGCCUGGAUGAGGAUCAGUACCUGUUGCGUCACUCCAGCCCAAUCACAGACAGAGAGCUGGUGUGCAGCCCAAAGGUUGAGGACAGCCUCAACACGGAGGAUAAGGGGGAGCUGGAGAGAAUCCUGGCCCACUUAGAGGAUGAGAACAGGAUCCUCCAAGGAGAGCUGAAACGUCUGAAAUGGCAACACGAUGAGGCAGUGGAGUCCCCCACUGUGGCAGAAGGGUCUCCAGAAUCAGCCCAAGACCCACACAACGAUGAGCUCCUGGCUGAGGCAAGGAUCCUUCGGCAACACAAGAGCCGCCUGGAGACCCGAAUGCAGAUCCUGGAGGACCAUAACAAGCAGCUGGAAUCCCAGCUGCACCGCCUGAGAGAGUUGCUACUGCAGCCACCGACUGACUUGGACAUCAAUGGCUCUGCGGCCUCUUCCUUGGCUUCCUCGCCCCAUCCGUCGGAGGGAAGUCAGCCCAGGGAGAAGGAGCACAACACCCCUGAAACCGAAACUGCAGAUGAGGUGGAGACGAGGGCACGGGAUGUCAGUCUGUGUUUGGAGGACAUCAUGGAGAAACUGAGGAGUGCCUUCCCCAACUCCCAAGGUGUGACCUCCCUUAUCUAACACCUCCUGUGGGUAAGAGGCUUUGUCUAACCAGCUUCUUGGCUGCUUUCCUCUCCCGCCUCUCACACUCCUCCUGGGAUGGGCUUCCCUCGGACCCUCUUGGGGGCACUCCAGUGGAAUGGCCUUCAUGAAAUCCACCAACGUCAGAAGAUCUCAGGGGAACUCCCACUGGCCACGUGGGAAUGUGACUGAAGGCUCUUUGGAGUGCUGGCUGGAGCCACCCUGAGGACCAGCCAGUUCCGACCAAGUGUGCUGGGGUCUGAAUUUAAGGAACUCUAUAAAGCAUUCAAAAGAAACCCAGGAACUGAAACCCUGAGAUGGUGUUGAACAUGAAACACGAGCAGAGACUUCCCCCUCCCUUGCCGGUCACAAACUGUCGCCCUCCUUGUGACUGAUGUAAGACAGGUAAGGAAAUCGCCUACAGGGGAUGGCAGAGCCCAGCCCAGCCCAGCCUUGGCCCACUUCAGCAGUGUGGGCUGGUUCUGCUCCCAGACAGCCUCCUGCUGGGCACCAGGCAGCCUAAUGCUCCCGCAGCAACUGGACAGUAAACAGCCUCCGAGCAUCUGUUUUAAUACCUUUUUUGUUAGCUGCCAAAGGCUGUGAGUGUGACUAACUGAACUCUGUCAAUUGCCUGCUACCCCAGGAUCUCCAGGUCCCGGCUGGGGGUGCUUGCCUAAUGGGAACAGUGCAGGAGGGCGAAAGGGGGAAGGGAGGAGUCAAUAAUACAGCUUCAGCCCAGCUAGUAGCCUUAUCUGGAGAGGAGCUUUAUAACAGAGAGCUGUAGCAUAUAUUCUGUACUUAAAUACUAUCGUGGACUCACUCACGCAUUAAAUUUUAAUACCUUGUUCAGUGUUAAUUUCCGCCUCACUCAUUGGGUCUAUUCUAGCAUCUGCUUUUGAAGGGACAGCACCUUCAUUUAAUCUUACAAUAUACCAUCAGAGGCAUGGUUUGUGCUGCCCCUGGCCUGGAAACUCCCCCUAGGGGACCUCAGUGCAGUGGGCUUGACUAGUGGUGAUGAGUAGGAUGCGAAUCCAGAGUUCAUUUUCCUUCCGAGCUGUCUGUCACCAUAACACUGGAGUCGGGGCUGGAACAACCUCCCCUCCCAAGGGACCGCAGCUCCCCCCAUGAUGGAAAAUCCAACUAAAUAAAACAGGUGGCCCUAAUCUAUCAGCUGAAUCUCAACACAUUGGAAAUGGGGGAUUAUCCCAGCAACAAAGACGUGUGUCUAGUGGGUUCUCCAUAUUCAUCUCUCCUGAAGCCAUUGGAGACUUUAGCUCUGGUCCCCUGGCUGCUCACCGACUUUGUGAUGCCCAUUUAGCAAUUCCAUCCCGUACGGCAGGCUCUCCUCCAUUUCUCUGUCUGUUAGGUAAAUGUGCUCCUUUUCUUCCAGGGUGUUGCAAGAGAAAUGGGCGAGCUCACAUCUCUUGGUGACACUGAGCCAUUGUGAUGUAUCAGGACAUCAUGUUGUAUUGUGACAUUCUGUUGUGAGCCAGUGGCACUGGCCAGAGCAAUACCAGGAAGGAGAUGGAGCUGUGCUCUGGUGAGCUCCAUUGUGCUUCUAAAAAUCUCUUUCUUCAUCUGGAGCUAGGGCCCCUAGACCAUUUGCUGCAACCCAGGGAGCUGUUUGGUUUGGGAGCCCAGAGGGUACAAGUGGGGUCUCUCCUUAAAUGAGGGAGCUAUUUGGCACGGGGGGUGGUGUACAAAACUUGUGUUGCAAGCAUGCAGGAUUGUGUUGUGUUUUGUAGCAUAGCAACGUGUUCUCUGGAACACUUGGAUCUGGAAGGCUCUAGAAAGUUAUCUGUCUGGGGCAAAGUGUUAUGGUUGAGUAGGCUGCAGAGCUGGGGAGCUGCAACAUGUUCUCCAGUGGGGAAAGGUCCCCUGGGAAUGGGGUGGAAUGUUCUAUUUCGGGGGGAUGGGCUGUGGGGUGCGAGGCAAUAAGGUUGCAGUGUAGUAGAGGCAUAAUAGGAGGUUUUAUGAAGAACAACGUGGAAUGUUGUAUGCAGACUAUGUGUGUUGGGGUUGCUGCAUUCUCCAAAGCCGAUGACAUUAGGCAUUUUAUAUGGGGAACUCAUCACAGAAUUCCAGAGUUGAAAUAGCCUAUGUUGUGGGGAUCUGACUGCUGCAGCUGUGCACUGGAAAAGUUCUGGCAUGCUUUGUUGUUUGCUCUUGUGCAUUGAAGAUGCUGUGGACUAUGUUAGGACUGUGGUGGUGUGUUGUGGCCUGAUAAGGUGGCUGCAUUGUGGUGGAUAUAAGGCGCUUUAGAGUGCUGUGUUAGGUUUGAGGGAGUGCACUGUGUCUCCGAGGUUCUGUGUGAUACUGAUUUUGUGGUGGUAUAUUGUGUCAUGUUGUGGAUCUUGUUUGGUAUAGCAUAUUGUGGAUUAUGAGGCUUGCAGUAGACACUGUACAUUGUGCAUUGGAGUUGCUGUGAUCUGUGAUGUGUAGUAAAAGGUCCUGUGGAUUUUGGUGUCUCUUAGCAGCCCUGUGAAUUGCUGUCAUGUGAGGUAUAUUGAAAGCGCUGUAGAUUGCUAGGAUUGCUAUAGCAUGCUGUUUACUGGAGGUGCUGUGGAUUGUGGUAUUAAGCUUACUGUAGCAUGUAGGGCAGUAGGGUUAAUGUGUAUUGAGUAGCCAAAUGUGGUGACUUCUCCUAUAUUAGGGCAGCUGUAGAAGGCUGUGGAUUGUGUGUGAGGAGCAACACAAUGUUCUCUCCAGUGUUGCCGCGAUGGACGUUGCUGUGGCCCAUUCUCUACCAGGAAUGUUGUCAGUGGAGCACUGGAGCCACUCGUGCGUGGGGAUUGGCCAAUCUAGUGGAGGAGCACGUUUCACUGCAGAGACAGUCUUGCAAGUUCGGUGUUUGGGACCAGUGCAGAAAGCUCAGGCUGAGUGAUGCUGCCGGAAGCUGGGGAGAACUCUCACAGAUGGAACUGCCUGAGACACAGACCUGGACAAGUGAGAGCACCCUCUGCAGUUGUUGCUCCCCAGAGGAACUGCUGCUGGCUUUGCCCCCAUUGGGAAUCUCCCCAACCCAUGUCCGGCUCCAUGCUGGUCCUCCUGGCUCCAGUCCAUCAGGAAGGAGUAGCCUCAGAUUAAUCCGGACCAAACUGUUACACUUUUCCCUCUAGGCAGAGGCCAAGAGAAAAGGAGAGGAAACCUCAAUUGCACCCUCUCCAGCCUAGUCAAGCCCUAAGGGAGAGGAGCAAGUGCAGACAGGUGUUGUUCACCUCAUCUACUUUACCACUAUGCAGCACAGGCACAAAUCGCUUAGCCCUAGUGCUAGGAGAGCCAGGAAGGGUUUGUUCCUACCGUGGGCUGUGGCUUCCUAGGCUGCCUGCCACAUGGAGACCUAGGCCAAGGGCCCUGCUGCAGUGAUGAUUGGAGCCACCCAUUAUCAGCUGUGGGAUGGGACAGGAGAUGGCUCCCUCUGCUAGCAAACUGGAGAAGGGCUAGCAGGGAUAUUGUUUUGCCUGUAGAAGGCCGAGACUGGGAAGUAGCUAAGAAUGAGUGAGAGAGGCAAGAUUAGGGCAAAGGCACCUCUAAAAGCAUGUUCAGGAGUCAUUGCUUUUCCCUGCAUGAAAACUCUCUUCUAGGGUGCAGAGGCCAGGGCCCACUCGUCUCCCCAACUGGUUGAGAGCAGUGGACGGCAUGAUCAGUGACUGAGUCACAGAGCUUAAGGCCAGAAGGGACCACCACUAGUCUGACCUCCCGUAUCGCAAGCCAUCAACAGCCCAGCCCACGCACACCAAACCCAACAACCAGAAUUAGGCCAAGUAUCACAGGACACUAGAUUCUGACAUGCUACAGGCAGAGAACAGAGGGAAUGAGGUGCACCAGUCCCCGAGGCCCCUGCAGUGUCAGGGAAAUGAUUAAACGAGACCCCCAGAUAAUCCUGGCAAGUGACCCAUGCCCUCCUGCUACAGAGGAAGGUGGAAACACCCCCAAGGCACUGCCAAUCUGAGCGCCAGGGUUCGUGUCUUAGUGUUCCAUUGGAACACGAAACGAUUGAUAGUUAUUGACAGUGCAAUAAGCCCAGAGAAUGUGACCCCCUGCAGCUGAAGUGUCCCACUGCUUUACUAGACCCUCAACCCCUGGUGCUCCUUGCAGUCCCCUGUGCUUUGCCCUCCUUGAAUACAAGUGUUCCUGGGCAUUCCCCAAUCUCAGACCUAUCUACAGCAUUCUCCCUCUUCCCCCGUCCAUGUUUGGCUCCCCAUCUCUGCGGCACUCCAGAGUUCUCUUUGCUAUGAGUGCUAGUCUAGGCCCUGAUUAAAACCACCUGAUACACUAAUGUAAUUAGUGGGGGUUUUAGCUAUAAAAUGGCAGGCCCCCAUUUUCUCUUGUACCUCCUCUGAGCUCCUUCCCUUAAUCACAGAGGCCCAGAUCCUCAAAGGUAUUUCGGCACUUAAUUCCCAUGAGUUAGGUGCCUAAAUGCCUUGGAGGAUCAGACCUGAUUGCUUUGCCCUCUUUUGCUUUGGAAAGGGCAUCUGUAGAGAAUCUGAGAUCUCUCCCUGAGCUAGCUCUGCGCUGUAAGUAAAGAUACAGCCCAGGCCAAUUGACCGAACCUCUAGGAUGUUUUCUUUAUUAAGCAAGGAUUGUAUUGUGCAUAAGUGAGUUCAGGAUAUCUGUUAAAGCUGGGAAGCUAACUCUGGGUACUGUUUGCU